GUGCGAGCUGCGCCCGCCUGGAGGAAGUGGCCGCGGCUGCGAAACGAGGAAGCCGCGUCUCCCGGCGCCCUGAGCGCGGGGCCGGGACGCAGCGGCGGGAGCUUCGCCCCGCGCCCGCCUCAGCCGAGCCCAGAUACCAAACACUAGUGGUUAAUCAGGAGAAGAAAACAUGACCAACAACCCAGCAAACAUCGCUAACCACCUGCCAUACUUUUUUGGCAAUAUUACACGUGAAGAAGCAGAAGAAUACCUGAUGCAUGAACGGCUGAGUGAGGGACUGUAUCUUCUGCGCCAAAGUCGAAACUAUCUUGGUGGUUUUGCUUUGUCCUUGGUACAUGAAAGGAGGGUUCAUCAUUACACAAUUGAGAGGGAAUUGAGUGGCUCAUAUGCCAUUGCAGGAGGGAAGUCCCAUGCAAGUCCUGCUGAACUCAUUCACUAUCAUGCAGAAGAAGAGGAUGGCUUGGUCUGUCUACUUAGAAAACCUUGCAACCGGCCACCAGGUGUUGAGCCCAAAACUGGACCAUUUGAAGAUCUAAAAGAGAACCUCAUCAGAGAAUAUGUUAAACAAACUUGGAACCUGCAGGGUCAUGCCUUGGAACAAGCUAUUAUUAGUCAAAAGCCACAGCUGGAGAAGCUGAUUGCCACUACUGCCCAUGAGAAGAUGCCAUGGUUCCAUGGGAAGAUCUCUCGAGAAGAAUCGGAGCAGCGCAUCCGUAUAGGAACAAAAACUAAUGGAAAAUUUCUAAUCAGGGAAAGGGACAACAAAGGAUCCUAUGCUCUCUGCGUGCUUAGUGAUGGAAAAGUACUGCAUUAUCGUAUUGACAGAAACAAGACAGGAAAGCUCUCUAUACCAGAUGGAAAAAAGUUUGACACUCUCUGGCAGUUAGUUGAACAUUAUUCAUAUAAACCAGAUGGCUUACAAAGAGUCCUCACAAUUCCAUGUCCACGAGUUGGCUCAGACAAUGAUGUUGUUUUUGAUAACCGGCCUCCACUUCCUGGAACUCAUCCUAAGAGUUGGUCAGGAGGUGGAAUUAUCUCAAGACUCAAAUCGUACACCUUUCCAAAGGCUGGAAGGAAAAAGUUGCACUCAUCCAUUGCUCACUCAAGUGAUGAUUCAGCAUCUUUUAACCCUUACGUAGGACAGAUGACAAAAGGACACUUCGGAGCUGAAAAAGGUGAUCAGAGAGAAGCCUUGCCUAUGGACACAGAAGUCUAUGAAAGUCCAUAUGCAGAUCCAGAGGAGAUAAAGCCGAAAAAUGUCUCCCUGGAAAGAAACUUGCUGACUCUGGAGGAAGGAGAAAUUGGUUCUGGCAACUUUGGUACAGUAAGGAAAGGGUUCUAUAAAAUGAAAAAGGGUGCUAAGCUAGUAGCUGUAAAAAUUCUUAAGAAUGAGAAUAGUGAUCCAGCCAUAAAGGAUGAGUUACUGAAAGAAGCAAAUGUAAUGCAGCAACUAGACAAUCCAUACAUUGUCCGAAUGAUAGGCAUAUGUGAAGCUGAGUCCUGGAUGUUAGUAAUGGAGAUGGCAGAACUUGGGCCAUUGAAUAAAUUUUUGCAAAAAAACAGACAUGUCACGGACAAGAAUAUAACAGAACUGGUUCAUCAGGUCUCCAUGGGGAUGAAAUACUUGGAGGAGAACAAUUUUGUACACAGGGAUUUGGCUGCAAGGAAUGUAUUGCUAGUUACCCAACAUUAUGCCAAAAUCAGUGACUUCGGACUUUCCAAAGCUCUUAAUGCUGAUGAGAAUUAUUACAAGGCACAAAGUCAUGGAAAAUGGCCAGUCAAGUGGUAUGCUCCAGAAUGCAUUAACUAUUACAAAUUUUCUAGCAAGAGUGAUGUUUGGAGCUUUGGAGUUUUAAUGUGGGAAGCGUUUUCCUAUGGACAGAAGCCAUAUAAGGGAAUGAAAGGAGCUGAAGUUUGCCAGAUGAUUGAAAGAGGAGAAAGGAUGGAAUGCCCUGAAGUGUGUCCAGCUGAGAUUUAUGACCUAAUGAAACGAUGUUGGACAUAUAACAUUGAUGAUCGACCAGGGUUUUCUGCUGUUGAAUCCAGGCUACGUAACUACUAUUAUGACAUUUCUCAUUAACAGUAUAAAUUAUAUGGACUGAUGUUUACUUUAGUUGAUUGCAAGUUCUCUUCUGAGAAAAUAAACAGGAGCCAACAUUUUCAGCUGGUAAAAGUAGACCAACUUUGGGUGCUGCCAGCCUUCUUCAUAUGGGCAAUGUUCAAAGCAAGGCCCUUCAUUGUAGAAUUGCCUUUGUUUGCUUUUUCUGUGGAAUCAUGAAGCAUAAAAUAUAAUUAAAAGAGUAGAUACUUCUGCAGUGUUUCUGGCAGAGGCACUAUAACAGCACCUUAGAAUUCUGCUAGAGUAAAUUGGUUUUAUUUUAUUUACAUUUUUGUCAUAACAUUUUCAUGUUUUGUCUUUCAGUUUUCUUCUCCUCAUACGUAUAUUUGAGUAUAAAACCAGCAUCUGUCUUGAUGCUAAUUUUCUCAGUACUAAUAUACGUCCCUAAGAAUUGCUCCAAACUCCCCAAAAGUAUAAAUGGGUAUGUCUACACAUGCUGAUUUAAGAUGCUUUAGCCCGAUUUAAGGUGUAUUAAGAGUACGGGUCUACAAUGUGCCCCCUUAACGCACCUUAAAAAUGGGCAAUUUUAAGUUAUUCAUGCCUAAAUGUGAUACCUACAUAAAGCAGGUAUCAAAUUUAGACCCAAAUAGCUAAAUCACAUUAGGAAACAUAUAGACACGCUAAUGCACAUUAACACAAUGUGUGUCCAUUGACUUGGGACUAAUUUUAGUCCCAAGUCAGUCUGCAUACCUGUACUAAUGUGCAUGAUCACACGUAUGUAUAGAUGUGAGCCUAAAUUGCCUUAAUGCAUAUUAGGCAAAUGCACAUUACAUUUAAGUUCACAUAAAAGCACAUGUAGACAGGUCCAAUAUGUGCUAAACAUUUUUUUCACUAUAAAAGGAAGGAAUCUUUGACUGACACAUUUUAAUUCCUUAGUUUAUGAAUUAAUAUUCUCUGUUUAGACCACAGAGAUCCUUGCCAAAGGAUCCUGUGCACCUCAACAGUAAUGUCAGCAAAGAGGAGCCAAGAAUUGUGAAUUCCUACUAUGUGGCAAGGAAGCACCAGUUCUAACAUGCAUUACCCACUACCCACUCAGCCUUUCACAGAAGCCCAGCUUCUCACAUACCAUAUGUUGGUACUGAGGCUCCGAGGCAUACACCCUCCCAGAGACAGUGGGUUUCCUUGUCUAAGGUGAUGCUGCUGGGUUUAACUUAAUGUUCGUGCCUACAUUCCUUUACAGGAUAGCUCCGCACUGAGAGAUCAAUGAGAGCAUCUCCUUUUCUGUCUUCACUCUCCUCCUUUGAUGACUUUUCCAGGCGCUAAGGCUCUCUGAUGUCAUCUGCCAAACAGUCACUGCCUCCUCUUUCAAAUUUUGCUUUAAAACUUACACCUUCCUCACAGCCAAUCCACCCAGUUUCCAUUCCCAAAACUUGCUCAACUGUUUUAUAACAAACAGGCUCAGUAAAUGUCAUUACAUAAAACGGAAACUCACAAGACAUUUCCCAUGCGCCCUGUUUUUCUCUUCCCACUGUUGCAGGAAUCUGAGUACCCUCCUUUUACCCCAGGAGAUUUGUCCAUAUCAUUUUUCCCUCCUCACAAUGUCAGUGUUUAUUCUGUUAGUACAGUUAGCUUCUAUCAGAUUGCAGGCUCCUUAGAAAACAGGUUUUGUCUUUCCAUUUGUUUAUGAUGCACCAUGAAUACCUCUGGCACUAUAUAAAUAUAGUGACUAUCAUAAUAGCAGCAAAUACUGUAGCUCAUCUCUCCUCCCUAUUGUACUUUCAUGAUAUUUUGUCAAAUUGUAAGUAUUGCAAGCACCACAGGUUCCAUUCUCAGCUCCCACCCAAAUCCUGUUAUUGGUAUUUCCAUAUAUUAUGUAGAAUUGAUACAUAUUUUAUACCUUUGAAGAUACGGGUUUUGAAAGACUAUGAAGAAUAAUAUGUAGAAAUAGAUAUAUUUAUUUUGAAUAUUGUUUUACUAUUAAAUUAACUGAGGAUUUUUAAAAUUAAACUAAUAUUUUUCUCCUUGAGAA